AUGUGUUGUCCACCUAAUAAUAAUGGGAAGAGAAAAUCACUACAAGAUGUUGUUCACUUUUAUUCUGUAGGUUUACUCCUUAUUUCAAUUUUCCAGAUUAUAUGUGAUGCAGCGACAACUGGUAUAUGGAGCUAUCCAUUUGGACUAGGUUGCGUCGUCGGUAUUUUUGGAAUCACAACCGGAUCUUUGGGCAUUUCGUACUCGAAAAUAAAAGAUAUCGAAAACUUUAAAAGUGCUUUCAAGACAGUUAUUAUUUUGGCUUACGUAACGAUUGGUUGGUCCUUCUGCAUAUUUUUUUAUCUUGUUCAGGGUAUAGGAACGUUUAUGUAUUAUUAUUAUUAUCCAAUAAUGAUGGUUGGCGAGCUUCUUUGCUUUAUGAUACAAUGGGGCUUUCUUUUCUACAUUAUAAACAUCUAUGGUGCUCCUUGCCAGUGCUGCAGCAAAGACUCCUGCUGCUAUACUGAAGCGAUACUCGACGUUCUCCCUGAAACGAGACCUUUUCAAGCCCAACAAAUUCCAGUAAAUGCACAACCUCAAAUCAUGAACAUCGCAUCUCCACCUCAAAGUAUCGUUUACCAACUACCUGGUGGGCAGCAAGCAUAUGUUUUGCAACCUAUUGCGCAGGCACCACUCGCCCAUGCGGCACCAGUGGCAAAUGCCGCGUUCAAGAACGACGAAGUGCUGAAAUAA